AUGCGUAUUGGCUGGCACACAUUGGACCAGUCCGCAGUGGAUGGAAGGCGGCCGACUGGAAUCGCGUCGGCUCUAGCUUCGCGGCACUCGCACGUCGCGCGCGUUCGCGCGGCUCCUCAUCGAACGCCUCGAACUGCUCGAACUGCUCGAACGCCCCUCGCGCCUGUCCACCGCUUUGCUUGCGUCAAGGCGGGCCGAGCGUCAGCAAAGCUCAACAGUGAAGAGACGUUUUGGUGGUGGACACAGCCUCAUCUACUGUUUACAUCUGAUGCUCCCGGCGCGUCCUCCUUCGAAGCCGAGGCAACGGGUCUGAGCAAGCGGCUGGACAGAAGACCGCCGCCUCAGAGCUGCACAAUGUUCAGUCAACCUCAGGUCAACAAAACCAUCCGGCUCCUCCUUUCACGUAGCGCCGACUGA